ACAGUAAAGAUGCAGAGCAGUAUUUCCCACUCACCGCCAGCCAUAGCUGUUGGCACUGGGUGAGGGGUAGAGAAGCCAAACAAGAGGAGGAGCAACCAAGGUGGAGAUAUAAGGUGGGAAAUUCACAGACAGAAGGAUUCUAACCAGCCGCUAGAAACCAGACGCAACCUUUGAACCGCCGAUCACCUUUCGCUUCUCCGCAACACCUUCCAACGUUGAGCCUGCGAGGCAGGGGAACUGCUCGUGACGUUCAUGGCAGCGGCACUCUAGGGCUGCCAUGGCAGCUGCUGCCGCCGAUGCCUCACACUGUAUUACCGCACUGACGCCGGAGGAAGAGGGACGACGCACUGCCGCCAAGCUGUUUGGGAGCGCCGCCCCGCUGCCACAGACGGAGAGAGAGCGAGAUCGGGGGAAAGAGAGGGAAGAGGAAGGAGAGAAAGUAGGGAGAGCGAGUGGGAACGAGUGUCUGGUGUGCGGGGCCCUGUUUGUCACACAGGAGAAGCUCCGGCUCCACACUUCGAGUCACACCGGAGAGAAGCCUUUCCACUGCUCACAGCCACACUGUCCCAAGGCCUUCAGCUCCAAGUACAAACUCUUCAGGCAUAUGGCCACACACUCUCCGCAGAAGACCCAUCAGUGUUCGUUCUGUGAAAAAAUGUUCCACCGCAAAGACCACCUGAAGAACCACCUGCAGACCCAUGACCCCAACAAAGAGGCCUUCAAGUGUGAGGAGUGUGGGAAGCACUACAACACCAAGCUGGGAUACAAGCGCCAUGUGGCCAUGCACUCUGCUACUGCGGGGGAUUUAACCUGCAAAGUGUGCAUGCAGAGUUACGAAAGCACACCUGUUCUCCUGGAGCAUCUCAAGAGCCACUCGGGGAAGUCUUCCAGUGGUGCCAAGGAGAAAAAACACCCCUGCGACCACUGUGACCGACGUUUCUACACACGGAAAGAUGUGAGACGGCACAUGGUGGUCCACACAGGGCGAAAAGACUUUCUGUGCCAGUACUGUGCCCAGCGCUUUGGCAGGAAAGACCAUCUGACACGGCAUGUGAAGAAGAGCCACUCACAGGAGCUGCUGAAGAUUAAGACGGAGCCUCCGGAUAUGCUAGGCCUGUUGACGACAGGAUCUCCACCGUGCUCAGUAAAGGAGGAACUCAGCCCCAUGAUGUGCGGCAUGGGGCCCAACAAAGACCCCAUGAUGGGAAAGUCAUUCCCCAGCGGGGCACCCUUUCCCAUGAGCAUGUAUAACCCUCACCAUCUCCAGGCCAUGUCUAAUUCUGGUGUGGGUCCUCCACAUCCUUCCCUAAUGCCCAAUUCCUUGUCUGCAGCUAUGGGCAUGGGCUGUCAUAUGGAAUCCACCGCAUCUAUUCAUCCACACUCCCAUCACCACCACCACCACCACCACCAUCACCAUCAUCACCAUUCCCCUCCAACACCCCCGCACCACCAGCCUGCGGCUCCCCAGCAGCAGCACCAGCCCCAGCCAGCACCCAAAUACCAGCUGGGAUCUACCUCAUACCUGCUGGACAAGCCCUUGAAAGUAGAGAUGGAGAGUUUUCUCAUGGAUCUGCAGAGUGGUCUACCAGGCCCAGUUCCCUCUGCAGAGCCCCAUGCUGCUGCUUCACCCCCUAAGGACGGAUUGGAGCCCACUUCAGGCUUGGCCGAUGACCUUUGUGGGGAUCCCCUCCUGUCCAAGAGCCCUGCAGUGAUUGCUGAGUCUCUGUGUGCUGCUAACAUGGAUUUUUCCCACCUGCUGGGUUUCCUGCCCCUAAACCUUCCUCCCUACAGUGCCCCCAUGAGCACAGGAGGACUGGUUAUGGGGUACACCUCAUCUGUGACCUCCUCCACUUCUUCCUCUUCAUCUCUGCACUCCGCCGAGCCCCAUGCCGCCGCAGUUGCCGCGGCAGCAGCCGCCGUCGCCACGGCACCUCUUACCUCUUUGCAACCGCAACCUCAGGAGCAGCAGAGCUCCAGCGGGGGUCUAGGCCUUGGACCCCUGCACCCCCUUCCACCAGUGUUCAGCUCCAGCCUUAGUAACACCACGUUGCCUCGCUUUCACCAGGCCUUUCAGUGACAGAGGCAGCCUCUUCCCUGCCAGGUGGCCUCCUCCACACCAGCACCAGCUCAGCUUGGAUAUUUCAGGUCGCUAUGAACAAGGCCUGAUGGAAAAGUUGGAGAAUUAAGUUUCAAUAUAAAUACGUAAAUGAACACUUAGAAGCCUUAAAUGAAAGUGCGCACAAAAGCUUUUGAUUGAGCCUUAAAAGGAAGUUGAAACCCCUUUGAGCAAAAAGGAAAGUAUAAGAAAAGAAGUUGAAGCAGCUUUUAUUUGGGCUUUUUUUCCCCCUUAUCCUAUAGAUAUAACAAUGUAUUAACCCAUGUUUUUUUUUUGUUUUUCAUUUACGUCCCCUUUUAUCUUCCCCCUUUUUAGUAGAAUAGAGGGCAGGAUCAGUAGGCCUAAAGGCGUGGUACUGCAUACUUAAAGUAAUAAUAUAAAAAAAAAAAACAACAAAAAAAAAAACAACAAAAAACAAAGAUCAUUUUUAGUGGAGAUUAUCUGUCUUGUUGUGACCCAGAAAAAUAUAGUUUGAAGUGGAAAUGUUGUUUUUACUUUAUUGUCCUCCCCCUCCCCCCAAAGUAAGAACAUGGUAGGAUGUUUCAUAUGUUGAGUUCUGAACCACCCAUGCUAAUACCCUGAAUCAUCGUGAUUAAUUUGGAGAGGAGAGAACUCAGUGGGGGAAAGAGAUGAACGGUAGUUUCUUCCAUGAGGUGACUUAGCCAGACCCGCAAAACAAGCCCAACCUCCCAAAAAAAGUGCUCUUCUAAUAAUACAAAAGUGACACGAGAAUUAGUCUGAUUUAGGAGCAAAACACGAAAGAAAUGCGUAAAAAAAAAAAAAAAAGAGCUUUACCACAACUUAUUUUGAUGUCGUUUCUCAAGAAAAGCACUUUUUUGUUGAACAAAAGGCACUUCGCUUCUCGUCUCCUCCCUCGUACUUUCGGACGAAAGCCUCUUUGUGCCAGCUCGGAAAAAAAAUACGAAGAGCUCUGUGAAACUCCACUUAUUCAGAAGUUGACACGUGCGGUUUACAAAACUCCGUAAACCUUAAACCAGGAGAGCAGAUUUUUUUUCAUGCACUCUAUUUCUAAGGUCUGUGCAGACCCUGCAAGAAUCGAGAAGCAGAACAAUGUUAGUUCUUACCAAAUCAGUUUUAUAGUUUGUGAAAAACUCAGUUGCAUAAAUUUCCAAGCUGGAGUGACAGUUUUUCUGCAUUAACAGCACCAUCUUCACGUCUCUGACGAAUCACACAAUGGGUGUGUCCAAAUUCAGGGGCUGCAUCCGUCAAAGGCCGCACUUAAAGACCGAUUACAUCUGAAAGAUGUGACGAAGACUGUCCAAACUCAAAGUCUCCAGAUUUGAAGGACGGGCCUAGCGAAUCCUUCGCAGCCCACCAAAUCCCAAGAUUCAUUGCGUGUCGAACGGGAAAUCUUUUGUUCUAACAAUGGUGGAUGAAACGGGAAAUGAGAGUGGGAGAGGAAUACAGUUCCAUAGAAAACUGGUGGCAGAAAAAUUGAAAGAAUAAAGCGGUCGUAUUGUUAA